AUGAGCAAGAGGCACAUAAGCGUGGGUCAGCAAACGUGGGCCCUUCUCUGCAAGAAUUUUCUUAAAAAAUGGAGGAUGAAAAGAGAGACAUUGAUGGAAUGGUUUUUCUCAUUUCUUCUAGUACUGUUUGCAUACCUAUUUUCCUCCGAUUUACAUCAAGUUAAUGACUUUCCUCAGUUGCCUGCAAUGGAUCUGGGACGUGUAGAUAAUUUUAAUGAUUCUAAUUAUAUUAUUGCAUUUGCACCUGAAUCCAAAACAACCCAGGAGAUAAUGAACAAAGUGGCUUCAGCCCCAUUCAUGAAAGGAAGAACAAUCAUAGGGUGGUCUGAUGAAAAAAGCAUGGACGAAUUGGAUUUAAACUAUUCUGUAGAUGCAGUGAGAGUCAUCUUUAAUGAUACCUUCUCAUAUCAUUUGAAGUUUUCCUGGGGAGGUAGGAUCCCCAUGAUGAAGGAACACAGAGACCAUUCAGCUCAUUGUCAAGUAAUGGACGAAAAAGUCACAUGUGAAGGUUCAAUGUUCUGGGAGAAAGGCUUUGUAGCUUUUCAAGCUGCCAUUAAUGCUGCUAUCAUAGAAAUCACAACAAACCAUUCAGUGAUGGAAGAGCUGAUGUCAGUUACUGGUGUAAAUAUGAAGAUAUUACCUUUUGUUGCCCAAGCAGGAGUUACCACUGAUUUUUUAAUUUUCUUCUGCAUUAUUUCUUUUUCUGCAUUUAUAUACUAUAUAUCAGUCAAUGUUACACAAGAAAGACAGUACAUUAAGUCAUUGAUGACAAUGAUGGGACUUCGAGACUCAGCAUUCUGGCUCUCCUGGGGUUUGCUGUAUGCUGGCUUCAUCUCUAUUAUGGCCACUCUGAUGGCUCUUAUUAUAAAAUCUGCCCAAGUUUUCGUCCUAACUGGCUUCGUGGUGGUCUUCGCUCUCUUCCUCCUCUAUGGCUUGUCUUUGAUAACUUUAGCUUUCCUGCUGAGCGUGUUGGUAAAGAAACCCUUCCUUACUGGGUUGGUUGUCUUUCUCCUUAUUGUCUUUUGGGGGAGUCUGGGAUUCACUGCGUUGUACAGACAUCUUCCUGCAUUUUUGGAAUGGAUCUUAUGUCUUCUUAGCCCCUUUGCUUUCACGGCUGGAAUGGCUCAGCUUAUACAUUUGGACUACGAUGUGAAUUCUAACACCCAUUUGAAUUCUUCAAACAACUCACACCUAAUAAUAGCUACUCUUUUCAUGUUGGUUUUUGAUGCUCUUCUCUAUUUGAUAUUGACAUUGUAUUUUGACAAAAUUUUGCCGACUGAAUAUGGACAUCGACAUUCUCCCUGGUUUUUCCUGAAAUCCUCUUUUUGGUUUCAACGCCAAAGGGCUGACCAUGUGGCCCUUGAGAAUGAAAUAGAUUCAGAUUCUUCCUCUAAUGACUCUUGUGAACCAGUGUCUCAAGAAUUCCAUGGGAAAGAAGCCAUCAGAAUAAAAAAUCUUAAAAAAGAAUAUGGAACAAGAAAGCAUGAAAAGGUAGAGGCUUUGAAAGGUUUGGUAUUUGACAUCUAUGAAGGCCAGAUCACUGCCCUCCUUGGUCACAGUGGAGCUGGCAAAACGACGCUGUUAAACAUUCUCAGUGGACUGUCGGUCCCAACAUCAGGUUCGGUCACCAUCUAUAAUCACUCACUUUCAGAAAUGGCUGACUUGGAAACUGUCAGCAAGCUCACUGGAGUUUGUCCACAAUCCAAUGUGCAAUUUGACUUCCUCACCAUGAGAGAAAAUCUCAGGCUGUUUGCUAAAAUAAAAGGGAUUCAGCCACACGAAGCGGAGCGAGAGGUGCAACGAGUUUUACGGGACUUAGAGAUGGAAAAUAUUCAAGACAUUCUUGCUCAAAAUUUAAGCAGUGGGCAAAAAAGGAAACUAACUUUUGGGAUUGCCAUUUUAGGAGAUCCUCAGGUUUUGCUGUUGGAUGAACCAACUGCUGGAUCAGAUCCUCUUUCAAGGCACUGUGUAUGGAACCUCCUGAAAGAGAGGAAAUCAGACAGAGUAAUUCUCUUCAGUACCCAAUUCAUGGAUGAGGCUGACAUCCUAGCUGAUAGGAAGGUGUUUAUAUCCAAUGGGAGGCUGAAGUGUGCAGGCUCUUCUCUAUUCCUGAAGAAGAAAUGGGGCAUUGGGUACCAUUUAAGUUUGCAUCUGAAUGAAAUGUGCAAUCCAGACAGUAUAACAUCACUUGUUAAACAGCACAUCCCUGAUGCCAAAUUAACAGCACAAAGUGAAGAAAAGCUUGUAUAUAUUUUGCCUUUGGAAAGGACAAACAAAUUUCCAGACCUUUAUAGGGAUCUCGAUAGAUGUUCUAACCAAGGCAUUGAGAAUUAUGGUGUUUCUAUGACAACUUUGAAUGAAGUGUUCUUGAAGUUAGAAGGAAAAUCAGCUAUUGAUGAAUCAGACAUUGGAAUUUGGGGACAGUUACAAAGUGAUAGAAACAGAGACACAGAAAGCCUUGUUGAGCUGGAACAAGUGUUGUCUUCCUUUAAGGAAACAAAGAAAGCAGCCAGCGGCCUGGCUCUCUGGAGGCAGCAGCUCUGUGCCAUAGCAAAAGUUCGCUUCCUCAAGUUAAAGAAUGAAAAAAAAACUCUGUUGACCAUAUUAUUGCUUUUUGGCAUUAGCCUUUGCCCUCAGCUUUUGGAACAUCUAUUUUAUGAGUUAUAUCAAAAAAGUUAUUCUUGGGGACUGUCUCCUAAUAUGUACUUCCUCUCACCGGGACAACCACCUCAGGCUCCUCUGACCCACCUACUGGUCAUCAACAAAACAGGGUCAAGCAUUGAUGACUUUAUACAAUCACUGAAGCAGCAGAACAUUGCUUUGCAAGUGGAUGCCUUUGGAACUAGAAAUGGCCCGAACGAGCCAUCAUACAAUGGCGCAAUCACUGUGUCAGGUGAUAACAAGGAUCACAGAUUUUCAAUAGCAUGUAAUACCAAAAGGCUAAAUUGCUUUCCUGUCCUCAUGGAUAUCAUUAGCAAUGGGCUACUUGGAAUUUUCAAUUCUUCAGAACACAUUCAGACUGACAGGAGCACAUAUUUUGAAGAGCACAUGUCUUAUGAGUAUGAGUUCCUGAGUGAUGCCUUCUUCUGGAUACUCGCGGCCGCUUGUUUUACUCCUUUUAUUGCAAUGAGCAGCAUCGGUGACUAUAAAAAAAAAACUCACUCCCAGCUGCGGAUUUCAGGGCUCCAUCCUUCUGCUUACUGGUUUGGGCAGGCGCUGGUAGAUAUUCCUCUGAACUUCUUGAUCCUCCUUCUAAUGCAAAUAACGGAUUACAUUUUUAGCCCAGAUGAGAUUAUAUUUAUAAUUCAAAACCUGUUAGUUCAGAUCCUGUGUAGUAUUGGAUAUGUUUCAUCUCUUGUUUUCUUGACAUAUGUGAUUUCAUUCAUUUUUCGCAAUGGGAGAAAAAACAGUGGCAUUUGGUCAUUUUUCUUCUUAAUUAUCACUGUCUUCUCGAUAGUUGCUACUGAUCUAAAUGAAUACGGAUUUCUAGGGCUAUUUCUCUGCACCAUAUUAAUACCACCCUUCACAAUGAUUGGCUCUCUAUUCAUUUUUUCUGAGAUUUCUCCCGACUCUAUGGAUUAUUUAGGAGCUUCAGAACAGCAAAUUGUAUUUCUGGCAUUGCUAAUACCUUACCUUCAUUUUUUUAUUUUCAUUUUUGUUCUACGAUGUCUGGAAAUGAACUUUAGGAAGAAACCAAUGAGAAAGGAUCCUGUGUUCAGAAUUUCCCCAGGAAGCAGUGAUGUUUUUCCAAAUCCAGAAGAACCCGAAGGAGAGGAUGAAGAUGUUCAGAUGGAAAGAACGAGAACAGCCAGUGCUGUGACGGCCCCAGACGUUGACGAGAAACCGGUCAUCAUUGCCAACUGUCUACGGAAGGAAUAUGCAGGCAAAAAGAAAAACUGCUUUGCCAAGGGGAAGAAAAAAGUGGCCACCAGAAACGCCUCUUUCUGUGUUAAAAAAGGUGAAGUUAUAGGGCUGUUAGGACACAAUGGAGCUGGUAAAAGUACAACUAUUAAGAUGAUCACUGGAGACACAAAGCCAACCGCAGGGCAGGUGACUUUGAAAAGCAGCAGUGGAAGGGACACUGUCGGGUUCCUGGGGUACUGUCCUCAGGAGAACGCACUGUGGCCCAACCUGACAGUGAAGGAACAUCUGGAGGUGUUCGCUGCUGUGAAAGGACUGAGGAAAGGGGAUGCCACUGUCGCCAUCACACAGUUGGUGGAUGCGCUCACGCUGCAGGACCAGCUGACGCUCCGGGUGAAGGCCUUAUCGGAGGGAAUGAAGAGGAAGCUGUGCUUCGCGCUGAGCAUCCUGGGAACCCCGUGGGUGGUCCUUCUGGACGAGCCGUCCACCGGGAUGGACCCUGAGGGGCAGAAGCAAGUGUGGCAGGCGAUCCGGGCCACCUUUAGAAACACGGAGAGGGGCGCUCUCCUGACCACUCACUACAUGGCAGAGGCUGAGGCCGUGUGUGACCGGGUGGCCAUCAUGGUGUCUGGAAGGCUGAGAUGUAUCGGUUCCAUCCAACACCUGAAAAGCAAAUUUGGCAAGGAUUACCUGCUGGAGAUGAAGGUGAAGACCCCCACACAGGUGGAGCCCCUCCACAGUGAAAUUCUGAGGCUUUUCCCCCAGGCUGCUCGGCAGGAAAGGUACUCCUCCCUGAUGGUCUAUAAGUUGCCUGUUGAGGAUGUGCAACCUUUAUCACAGGCUUUCUUCAAAUUGGAGUUAGUUAAACAGAGCUUUAACCUGGAGGAGUACAGCCUCUCACAGUCCACCCUGGAGCAGGUUUUCUUGGAGCUCUCCAAGGAACAGGAGCUGGAGGACUUUGUUGAGGAAGUUGAUCUCUCAGUGAAGUGGAAGCUCCUCCCACAGGAAGAACCUUGAAGCCCCAAAUACUCUAUGUCUCUCUUUAAGCUUGUGACUAAUUUUUAAGAUAAUAUUUUAUAGCAUUUAUAUACUUUGUCUCAGAUAUGGUACACAAUUCUUUUGAAACUCAUGGCAUCAUUUUUCUCAGUAAUAUUACUUGUAGAGGAGUUAACAGGACCAACGUGGGUCUGCUCGUUGGUGAGUUGAAAUCAAAAUCUUUGUCAGAAGUAGUUGUCACACAAAGUAAAAUUUUAUUUGCAGCAUGCAGCAAAUAAAGGAGACCACAGGGAGUAAUUUCACAAAGCUGUGGCUUCCCAAGCAAAGGGGAAGCAGUGCCUUUAUUUGGGGUAGGGAAUGAAUAUUCAAAAGGGAUGUUUUGUCAUCACAUGUGGAGGUGGGUACAAGCCUGCUCAUGCUUAUAAAACAUGCUUCACAUGCAUCACAUGUUAUGCUACCUUGGCUUAAGCUCCUCUUGGGGCAGUGAUCUUAGCAUUAUAAUGAGGCAAAAUUCACUUUUGCACAUUUCUCCACCAAUAACUAUACCCUUGGACUACAGUCAUCUUGGGAAGAUCUGCAGGAGCACCAGCAAAUGUGGAGGUGGUAGUGCUGCCUGAGAUGUGUAGCAGUUUUUUAAAGGAGGAGGCAGGAGGGAUAUUGUUACUUCUUACAGAAAUAAAAAUGACUACGGUCAUGCAUCACUUAACAAGGGGGAUACAUUCUAAAAGAUGUGUCUUAGGCCAUUUUGGUGUUUAUGAACAUUAUAGAGUGUACUUACACAAACCUAGAUGUUAUAGCCUCCUGCACACCUAGGCUAUAUGGUACUAAUCUUACGGGACCACCAUUGAAUAUGCACCAUUGAAUAUGCAUUUGGUUGACCAAAAUGUUGUUAUGUGGCACAUGACUGUAUAAGGGAAUACUAUGAGCAACUGUAUGCCUACAAAUCAAGUAACUUAGAUGAAAUGGAAAAAUUCAUGGAAAGUCACAAACUGGAAAACUGACUGAAGAAGAAAUAGAAAAUUGGAAUAGAUCUGUAAAAGAAAACAAAUUGAAAUAGUAAUUUAAAAACUACCUUAAAGAAAAAACUCAGACCCAAAUAACUUCACUCAUAAAUACCACCAUAUAUUUAAAUAAGAAUUAACACCAAUUAUUCUAUACUAAUUCUUCAAUUAAUACAAACUCUUCCACAAAAAGAAGUACAGGGAAUAUUUCUCACCUCAUUCUGUGAGACCAAUAUUACCCUGAUACCAAAACCAAAGACAUCACAAGAAAACUGCAACCAAUAUCUCCUAUAAGUACAGAUGCAAAAAUCCUCAACAAAAUACUGUCAAACAUAAUCCAGCAACAAAUGAAAACCUGCUCCAUAGCUAAGUGGGAUCUAACCCAGGAAUGCAAGCUUGGUUUAAUAUCCAAAAAUCAAGCAAUGUAAUACAUAGUAUCCAUAGAAUAAAAAAUAAAAACCACACUAUCGUCUCAAUUGACACAGAAAAAACAUUUUACAAAACCCAACAACCUUUCAUGAUAAAAAUGCUCAACAGACUGGAAAUAGAAGAGAACUUCCUCAACCUGAUAAACAGUGUCUAUGAAAAAUCCAUAGCUAACAUCAUACUUAUGAUGAAAGACUGAAUGUUUUCCCCAAAGAUCAGGAAAAAGAUAAAUACGUCUGCUCUUACCACUCCUAUUCAACGUUGUUCUGGAGAUUCUAGCCAGGGUGAUUAGACAAGGAAAGGAAAUAAAAGGCAUCCAGAUUAAAAAGGAUCUGAAUAAAAAUUUCCCCAAAGAAGUUGUACAAAUGGCCAACAAGCAGAUGAUAAGAUGUUUAAUGUUAUUGACCAAUAGGAAAAUGCAAAUCAAAACCACAAUGUCAUACAACUUCAUGCCUACUAGGAUGGCUCUAAUCAAAGACAGAUAAUAACAAGUACUGGUGAGAACGUGGAGAAAUUGAAAUACUCGUACAUUGCUGGUGGGAAUGUAAAAUGGUGCAGCCACUUUGGUAAACAGUUAAGCAGGUCCUUAGAAUGUUAAAUAUAGAGUUACCAUAUGACCCAGCAAUCCCAAUCCUAGGUAUAUACACAAAAGAAAUGAAAACAUAUGUCCACAUGAAAACUUGCACACAAAUGUUCGUAAUAGCCAUAAAGUGGAAACAAUGCAAAUGUCCAUUAACUGAUGAAUGGGUAAAUUAAAUGUAGUGCAUCCAGACAAUGCAAUAUUGUUCAGCCAUAGAAAGGAAUGAAGUAUACGUACAUGCUGUAACACAGAAGAACUUUGAAGACAGUAUGCUAAAUGAACAAAACCAGUCACAAAAGGCCACAUAGUGUAUAAUUCCAUUUUAUAUGAAAUCUUUAGAGACAGAAAGCAAAUUAGUGUGUGCCUAGGGCUGGGGGGUAGGAAGUGACUGUUAAUGGGUUCUGAGUUUCUAGUUGGAGUGAUGAAAAUGUUCUAAAAUUAGAUUGUGGUGACUAGUGUACAACUCUUUGGAUAUACUAAAUACUAUUUAAUUGUACAAUUUUUAUGAGUGAAUUGUAUGGUAUGCGAAUUUUAUCUCAAUAAAACUGCUUAAAAAACAACAACAGAGAAGGAGGCAGUUGAGGGAACUUGAGAAGCUACCUAAGUUUUGCAUCCAGCAAAUGGUUUGUCAUCAGCAAAAUCUCAUAUCUUUAAUUUCUUCCUGUUUCAAUUGAAAAUUGGCAAUUCACUGAAGACACUGCUUCUCCUGCAGUCCUCUCCAAUAGUAAAUUUUUUUUUCACCUAUCCUCUCAGAUAUGACAGGGUUAAAAAAUGAGGUAGGUACUCUCUUUUUUUCCCAUCAUGUCACUUCUAAGCAAUUUUCCUCUCUCUUUUCUCAAAAACACAAAUCCCUUUAAAGUUUAUCAUUAAUGUCAGUCACUUAAUUCUUAAA